ACUGCCACAAUGGCAGAGUCUAAAAUAAGCCCAUUUUACAGCGGAGGUGGAUUCAGUUUGACCCAGAGUCCAACCGCGUCUCGCAAGCCGCCAGUCCAACGGAACCACCGAAGAUGAGCCAAAGAAUUGUAAGGGAGGUGUCCACGGCAUUACGACGCUUCACGCAGGCGAAUAUCCGCAGUCUUGCUGUGGAAGAUUCGUCGGGGAAUGCGCAUCUCUCUCUCUCUCUCUCUCUCUCUCUCUCUCUCUCUCUCUCAUGAUGCUCCUCGCCUGGAACAGAGUUUCUUUUUGGGUUGGACUCCUAGAGUUCUGACCCACCCUGUCACAUUGGCCGUCUAUAUAUGCCCCAUCCACCUCCUUCUUCGCAAGCUCAAGCUGUAGCUGCAUCCUUCUCUCCACUUUUGCCAGUUUGGUUGCUGCUGGCAUGCCUUUCCAGCUGGCGGUAUCUUCCAUGUUCUUAUGGUGAAGAACUGAAGCAACUUAAUACUGAAUGAGUUCCAAGAGCACCUUUAAAUCUAAUACAGCCCUAGAGGGUCUUCACGGAGUGUAUUUGGUACCUCAUUCACCAUUUGCAUCACAAGAGAUCAAUCAACAUGGUGACGCCCAUCAGUCAACUUGUAACAAUUCAGUUAUUGGAGCAAGUCAGCUAGUGUUAAUGCAACGAAUAUGGCAGCAAAGACCUGGAUGUUUGAGGCCCAUCCAAUGCAGUCUUCAUGGUGAUGAGAAACUUGUAGAAAAAAUUGCAAAUGUGCUUACUUCACUUCCUUUUAUUGCCCUUGGAAUCCAAGCCCCAAGGCAAAAUCUGAAUACCAAGUUGUAUGCUAAUUCCUUAAUUGGAGUUGGAGUUGCCUCAAGUUUGUAUCAUUCUUCAAGAGGAGAAUUUAGGAAGUAUCUGAGAUGGGCUGACUAUACAAUGAUAGCCACUGCAACACUUUGUCUCUCGAGGGCAAUCAGGAAUGAGAAUCCAAAGUUUCUGAUGUUGGCAUCAGCUUUAUGUUUACCCAUCCAACCUCUGAUGGUUUCAGCUGUCCAUACGGGGAUGAUGGAGGUAGCAUUUGCAAAAAGAGCAUUUGAAGAUCCAGACCUGAGAAUGGCUCAUAACGUGCAUAAAAUGUCGUCGUUGUUGGGUGGAGCACUAUUUAUCGCUGAUGAUGUCUUUCCGAGGACUCCAUUUCUUCAUGCUGCUUGGCAUCUUGCUGCAGCUGUUGGUAUCGGCACGUGUAACAAACUUCUUGAGUAAUGUGUCUCAAUUUGGGACUGCGUGCAUCAUUGUGAUUCUUUGCGAUGUCAUUGGCCUGACUUGCAUAUUAGGAAAAAUGUUAGGAGGAUUUGAUAUCUUGGAUGGGGUACUGCAGUUCAGUGGUUGAGCCCUUGUUGGGUUCCUUGCAUAGUUCAUUGGGUAAUUGGUGUAACUGAAAGAGUAAAUAUUUUUCUGAAGCCGGUGUCAUCAUCAUUCAUCCAUUCAAAUUCUGAAGAGGAAUGUGCUCCCAAUACGUACCAAAUAUUAAUGAUGUAUCGACUGAACACAUAAUUAUUUUACUGUCAGGCUUGGCAUUAAAUAGGUUCUAGUUUUGGCCACCUCAA